GCCAACAACACAAAGAAGCUCAUCCAUUUGCUCAGCGCUCAUGCGAAAAUAAUUUAGAUGACGCUCUAUAUCCAGCCCCAGUUCAGCAACAAGAUGAUGGAAAGCACCAAACUGUCUCCUGCGCAAAUUGAUCGGAUGAACCCAUAUUCUUCGUCGCAUCCUUCGACGCACAUUUCUUAGCAAAAGCUUACGAUUUCCGAUUGGCAGCUGGUUGCUAAGAUUUCUGUUUUCAUUGUGUUUCAUAAACUCUCUAUUUAUUCCAAAAACAUCGGAAGUUGGAGUUUUUAUUCAAUAUUCCAGCUGUUGACGUCUUUUCAGUCCGGGACAUUUCCAACUGUUAUCUGGAGAUGGCGUCAUCAGCAUCUGCUCGCGUGGCCUCUCUGUAUGUCGGUGAUCUUCACCCGGAGGUCUCAGAGGUCAUGUACGAAAGGUUCAUCCCGUUUGGCCCGAUUCAGUCCACCCGAGUGUGUAGAGACAGAAGCACCUGCAGGUCUCUGGGCUACCGAUAUGUGAACUUUGUCAACCGUUCAGAUGCUGAGCAUGCAACAGACAUUUUGAUGUUUGACCUCCUCAUGGGUCGGCCGAUGCGCAUCAUGUGGGCCGACCGAAACCCAGCGUUGAGGAUCACAGGUGUUGGCAACAUCUUCAUUCAGGGUCUGGCCAAGAACAUCACCAGCCUGACUCUACACGACACCUUCUCUCGUUUCGGCACCAUCUUAUCUUGCAAGGUGGUUGCUGAUGAGAAUGGCUCUAAGGGAUUUGGUUUCGUCCAUUAUGAGACGUACGAAGCCUCUGAACGAGCCAUUCAGACGCUCAACGGGAUGAUGCUGAACGAUCAGCUGGUGUCUAUUAGUCACUUCAGAUCGUUUCAGGAGCGUCAGUCAAACCCUGAGCGCGCCAUGAAGAACUACAAGAGUCUCUUCCCGGGGGUGCAUCUCUAUGUUAAUAAUCUGCCCUACAGCUGGACGGACCACCAGCUGCAUAGAGCGUUCUCCCCGUUUGGGACCGUCACCAAUGCAAAGGUGGUGAGGAAUGGUGGCCGCAGCAAAGGAUUCGGCUUUGUGUGUUUUUCAAGCCGUGAAGCUGCAGCUCAAGCCAUUACAGCAGUGAACGGACGGGUCAUUGCCAACAGAUGGCUGAAUGUUGCCUUCUCGCGGGUCAAGGACCAGGAUACGUCUGUGUCCGACUGUGAAUCGCCCUCCGUGGUCACUCAGACGCUGCUUCCUUCUGGACGCUUUGGUUCCGUUGUUCCACAGGCGAAAACUGGUCAUCAGCGCACCAGACACCUUCAGCUUGAGUCCUGCUGUCGCCGGGAUGCAGCGUGUCUCCUGUCUAAGUGUGAGAGUCUUGUCUCGCUGGUCGCUCCACUGCUGUUAGACACGCUGGUGUCCCACACGCCAGUAGAUGCACUGCAGCGUGUGAACCAGGAGCUGUCAGAGCUGAAGUCUGAUCCGGUCAUUGAUGCUCCUGGAACAUCAGACACCUUCAGCGCUGUAACCUCUCCACUGUCUGGAGACUUCGGUGCUGUCGUUCCAAAGACUCAUAGCAAUGCCGCUCAACAGUUCUCCAGCUGUCUUGUGUUCAGUCGUCGCUGGUUUGCAGAUGUUGCUCUGCCUCAGUGUGAGAGUCUCGUCCUCCUGGUCUCUCCACUGCUGUCAGACACUUUUGACUCUGAGACGCCCCACAUGCUGACCGUUAACCAGGAUCAGUCAGAGAUGACGCCCGACCGAGCCACCGACGCUCCUGGACCAUCAGACGGCUGCAGUGAUGUUGCUGUGGUUCACGACAGGUUUGGCAACGGUUCGGGUGAGCUUAGACAUAUGAGCAGCCUCAAGGUAGGAGAAAUCUCUUGGUUUUAUAAGGAUUUGCACUCGGCACUGUUCUUCACAUUUAAGGUAAUCUUUCACAAAUAAAUGCGUGAGUUUGAAACAUCUUUAGUAAAACACACAAACUCUGUCCUCUUCUCAGGUGAUGGUGGUUAUGGAUGGUGUGUUUGUGUCAGUCCUCUGCUGCUCUUCUGAUGACACCGUGACUGUGAUCAUGAGGAUUCAAGAGGAUCUUCUCCUUUACAGUGAGUUUCUCCUCUUCAACACAGCUGACCAGAUUGUGACCUCUGACACGUCCAGCCCUCUCCUGGCCAUUCAGAGUGUUCACCCUGAGAGUGAGUCUUCCUCCGGCUCAGGUGAA